GAAAAACUGCAUAGAAAAUCUCAUGGAUGAAGAUGAGAAAGACAGGGCAAAGAGAGCUUCUCGAAAUAAGUCUGAGAAGAAGCGACGGGACCAGUUCAAUGUUCUCAUCAAAGAGCUUAGCUCCAUGCUCCCUGGCAACAUGCGGAAAAUGGACAAAACCACCGUGCUGGAAAAGGUCAUUGGAUUUUUGCAGAAACACAAUGAAGUCUCAUCGCAAACGGAAAUCUGUGACAUUCAACAAGACUGGAAGCCUUCAUUCCUCAGUAAUGAAGAAUUCACCCAGCUGAUGUUGGAGGCAUUAGAUGGCUUCAUUAUCGCAGUGACAACAGAUGGCAGCAUCAUAUAUGUGUCUGACAGUAUCACGCCUCUUCUUGGGCAUUUACCGUCAGAUGUCAUGGAUCAGAAUUUGUUAAAUUUCCUUCCAGAACAAGAACAUUCAGAAGUUUAUAAAAUGCUUUCUUCCCAUAUGCUUGUGACAGAUUCCUCCUCCCCAGAAUAUUUAAAAUCUGACAACGAUUUAGAAUUUUAUUGCCAUCUUCUCAGAGGCAGUCUGAACCCAAAGGAUUUUCCAACUUACGAAUACAUAAAAUUUGUAGGAAAUUUUCGCUCUUACAAUGUGCCUAGUCCCUCUUGUAACGGCUUUGACAGUACCCUUUCCAGACCUUGCCGGAUGCCGUUGGGAAAGGAGGUCUGCUUCAUCGCUACUGUUCGCCUGGCAACACCACAGUUUUUAAAGGAAAUGUGCAUAGUUGAAGAACCUUUGGAGGAAUUCACUUCAAGGCAUAGCUUGGAAUGGAAAUUUUUAUUUCUGGAUCACAGGGCUCCUCCCAUCAUAGGCUAUCUGCCUUUCGAAGUGCUGGGAACUUCAGGCUAUGACUAUUACCACAUCGAUGACCUGGAGCUCCUGGCCAGAUGCCACCAGCACUUGAUGCAGUUUGGCAAAGGGAAGUCCUGUUGUUACCGGUUUCUGACCAAAGGGCAGCAGUGGAUAUGGCUGCAGACCCACUACUACAUCACCUACCAUCAGUGGAACUCCAAGCCCGAGUUCAUUGUGUGCACACACUCGGUAGUCAGUUAUGCGGAUGUCCGGGUGGAAAGGAGGCAGGAGCUGGCUUUGGAAGACCCCCCAUCUGAGGCCGUGCACCCUUCAGCACUAAAGGACAAAGGCUCGAAUUUGGAGCCUCAGCAGCACUUUAAUGCACGUGGCAUGAGUACCUCUGGACUUAACACCAGUCAUUCACCUUCAACAUCCUCAAGAAGUUCACACAAAUCCUCACACACAGCCAUGUCUGAGCCCACCUCCACUCCAACCAAGCUGAUGGCAGAGGCCAGCACCACCACACUGCCAAGAUCGACCACCCUCCCCCAAGAGUUGCCCAUGCCAGUACUCAGCCAGGCAGUCACGAUGCCGCCUCCUCUGCUUUCUCAGUCGUCCUGUGACCUUGCACAGCAGCUGUUGCCUCAGACCAUUUUGCAGAACCCACCUGCCCCCAUGACACAGUUUUCAGCACAGUUCAGCAUGUUCCAGACCAUCAAAGACCAGCUGGAGCAGCGGACGAGGGUCCUGCAAGCCAACAUCCGGUGGCAACAGGAAGAGCUGCAUAAGAUUCAAGAGCAGCUCUGCAUGGUGCAGGACUCCAGCAUCCAGAUGUUUCUGCAGCAGCCAGCGGUAUCUCUGAGCCUCAGCAGCGCCCCACAGCCUGAGAGCCAGCAGCAGUUACAGCAGAGGUCCACUGCCGUGUCCCAGCCACAGCCUGUGCCCAGCCCUCAACUGACAGGGCCGAUUGCCUCAGCCCAGAUCACAAGCCAGCACCUGCUGAGGGAAUCAAGUGUGAUAUCAAACCAGGGUCCAAAGCCAAUGCGAAGCUCACAGAUCCUGUCGGGAAGCGGCCACUCGGUGAGUAGCUUGACGUCCCAGUUCAGCAGCGCUGCCACUGUGCUCCCGCCAGCCAACCAAGACGCCAGUCAGUGCCAGACCAGCCCAGACUUCAGCCAUGAUCGGCAACUCAGGCUGUUGCUGAGCCAGCCCAUCCAACCCAUGAUGCCUGGGUCCUGUGAUGCCAGGCAGUCCUCAGAGGUCAGCAGACCUGGACGGCAGGUCAAGUAUCAGCAGAGCCAGGCAGUGUUUCCAAGCCCAGACGUGCACGCCUCCAGCAGCAGCGCCUCCACCCCUGUCCUGCUGAUGGGACAAGCAGUGCUUCACUCCAGCUUCUCCAGCUCCCAGCCAUCGCCGCUACAGCCCACGCAGACCCCACAGCAGCCACCACAACACUACCUGCAGACACCAACCUCUUUACACAGUGAGCAGCAGGACUCACUACUUCUCCCCACCUACUCGCAACAGCAAGGGACCCUGGGCUACCCAGCCCAGCCCCAGCCCCCGCACCCAACACGAAGGGUCAGCAGUCUAUCGGAGUCACCAAGCCUCCAGCAGCCACCACGGUAG